CGCACUUCAUCUCUCUCUCGAUUCUUUUCAACUCCCACUCUCUCUAAGCAUGAAAUAAAUACGAUUGGAGGCAGAGAGUAUACUUAGUGUCUUCUACGCAAGGUUUUCGUCAACAUGGAUUGGAGUCCCAGCUGUUUGUUUUUGGAGCUCCUUUAAUUUUAGGAACUUAAAAAUCUAGAAAAGAAAAAUGGGUUCAACCCCAAAACAACCUUUAUUUUGUUUCAAGUUACCAUGGGAUGCGAACCAAAAUAAAAGUCCUAGUGACUGCACUUUUGAGGCUCCUUGGCUGUUUAAAUCAAUGAAAAAUGUUGAAUCCGCGGCCGUUAGGUUCAUCGACUCGAUUUCAAAAUCCUCAAUCUCGUAUCCAUGGAUGAAUAACUUUAAGCCUGUUCAAUCUGAUCACCAGACCACCCAAAGCAAGAUUUUAAAGACAAAAAGAAUCUGGGCUCCUGAAGAGCAAGGAGAGGCGGAGCAUAGAGCAUUUGCCUCGGCAUUGGCAAGUGGUAAAGGGGCUACAGUGCUCGAGUUCUACUCACCCAAGUGCAGGCUGUGCAAUUCCUUGCUGAAUUUUGUGAUGGAGAUAGAGGGAAGGAAUUCGGACUGGCUUAACAUUGUUAUGGCAGAUGCAGAGAAUGAUAAGUGGCUGCCUGAGCUCCUCCAUUAUGACAUUAGAUAUGUACCUUGCUUUGUACUGCUCGACAGGAAUGGGAGGGCACUGGCAAAAACGGCUGUUCCGAGCAGUCGGCUACAUGUAAUAGCAGGUCUUUCUCAUCUCCUCAAAAUGAAACGUCCAGAGAAAAGUAAUAACUAGAUGCCAAUAUUGAAUCUUGUUGAGCAAAAAAUAAACUGCAAAUUCACGCUUAACAUGUUUUGAGAUCACCAUUCAUUAGAUUUGAUUGCAUUACUGGAUUGCGUUUUGUCAGGCAUGGGGCUAUCGUCUUGUUUCGGCCCUGUAUUUUUGUGUAUACAAUUCCUGGAGUACAAUUUUCAAUUUUGAUUACUGGAGUACGAAGAUGUUUAGGUAGAGCUCUUAUUUUACUUGCCGACACAAACUAGCUGGCAUUCAUCUAAAUGAUGCAAAUUUUAGAAGCCCUUGACACAUUAAUGGUAUUGGUAUACCUGUAAAUUUGGUAU